AACUACCCGAUCUUCCUCCUCUUGUUCCAGAUUAACACCAACGGAUUUGUUGCUUUUGCCGACCCUCCGGCUCAGCAGGAGUACUUGGGGAUGAUGCCCAGUGAUUUUAAAAUGAUCGCAGCGCUGCUGGGAGACCUGGACAACAGCGACGGACAGGGGAAAGUUUAUUACAGGCAGGACAGCAGCCCGGAUGUGCUGAGUCAGGCAGCUGAACACAUCAGACGGGCUUUUCCAAGCGACGAGGGAGUGGAACCCACCAACACCCUCAUUGUCACCUGGGAGAGCAUGGCCGCCCGAGGGACGUCUGGACGAGGGGACGGACUGGACGCUAAGAGAAACACCUUCCAGCUGGUUUUGGCCUCAAUGGAGUCGUCUUCCUACGCCAUCCUCUUGUACCCCAGAGAUGGCCUGCAGUUCCUCUCCACAUCGGUAGAGGGAGAAAGCAAGCUGCUGGAGGCCGGCUUCAGUGAAGGCACUGUGUCGGGAUGGUUCUGGAACACCAUACAGGGAACAUACUUCCGCACUACCACCGAUGACGAGACCUCCAUCAGGGAUCUUACCAAAAAGACAAACUCGGCACGGAAUGGAGUUUGGGUGUAUGAGAUUGGUGCGACACCAAUCUUCAUCAACAUCACACCAGGGAUGGCCACUCGCUCUCCUGAGGACAACGACGCUACUGAGCUUCCUGUGACCAUGUCGCCACGACAACCCGAUGAAACCACUACCUAUGAAACUCACAUGACAAGGGCCACUCCCAGUGAGUACCAACCCAGGUACCCAGAAGUUGAAAAUGUCACACCAGGACACAUCAAACCCAGUACUGCAGAACCUUACCAAGAAUACAUCGAAUCAGAGACUGUCGCACCAACAUCCACCAACACUGAACGGGUCCAACCAAGAUAUCCGGAUCAACUUGGGCCAAGAUACCCUGACCAAACCAAGACCGGAUACCCUGUCCCUGAGACUCUGCAACCAAGAUACACCAUUCCUGAGCCCAGUGAGCCUAGAUACUCCCCAGUUGUGCCGAGAUACCCUAACCCUGAUCCGGUUGAACCACGGUACACCAACCCUGAGCCGGUCCAACCAGUGCCACCACAUUCUCGUCCCCAGCACCCCCAGAUUGUUGUCGUAGAUGAAGUUGAAGAUCUGAAUGUGAACGUGUUUGCAUACAAUUUGGAGACGUGUGCUCACAACAGGCACAAAUGCUCGGCUUUCGCUGACUGCCGGGAUUACAGCGAUGGGUACUGCUGCCAUUGUAGGCCUGGCUUCUAUGGCAACGGGAGGGAUUGUGUUGCAGAAGGAAAACCCCAGAGGAUGAAUGGAAAGGUGAAUGGUCGAGUGUUUGUGGGGAGCUCUCCCACACCAGUGGAGCUUGGUAACAAUGACUUACACUCCUAUGUGGUAGCCAAUGAUGGACGAGCAUAUGUGGCUAUCAGCAACAUCAACGGUACUGUGGGCCCCUCCCUGCAGCCGCUGUCUUCGCUGGGGGGAGUCAUCGGCUGGGCCUUUGCCCUGGAGCAGCCUGGUUACCAGAAUGGCUUCAGUAUUGUUGGUGGAGUGUUUUCACGGCAGGCUGAGGUGAUCUUCCAGCCUGGUAAUGAGCGUCUCAGCAUCAAACAGCAGUUUAAAGGGAUCGAUGAACACGACCAUCUGGUGGUGAGCACCACACUGGAGGGUCGGCUGCCGGCCAUCCCACAAGGAUAUACUGUCCAGAUCAACCCGUACAAGGAGAUCUACCAGUAUGACAGAAACUUGAUCACUUCCUCCUCCAACCGCGACUACACCGUCACCUCCCCAGACGGUGAUGUCCAGACCAGAAGCUACCAGUGGCGUCAGACCAUCACCUUCCAGAGCUGCCCACACGAUGAGUCCACCAGGGCGGCGCUGCCCACCCAGCAGCUCAGCGUGGACCAGAUCUUUGUGAUGUUCGAUGCCGGCAACAAUCUGAUCCGCUACGCCAUGAGCAACAAGAUCGGUUCAGUCCACAGCGGCUUCCCGGAGCAGAAUCCAUGUUUCACUGGUCGACAUGGCUGCGACAUUAACGCUGUGUGCAGACCCGGUGAAGGCCUCCAGUUCAGCUGCGAAUGUACGACUGGUUUCGCUGGAGACGGACGCUACUGCCAAGAUAUCGACGAGUGCCGGGACACUCCUCAGGUGUGCGGACCCAACGCCGUCUGCAGCAAUCAGCCUGGAACCUUCCGCUGCGAGUGCUCCACUGGCUUCGUGUUCGCCAGCGACGGAAGGACGUGCAUCGAGGAGAACCGUCCAGUGGAUCACUGCCAGAGAGGGACUCAUGACUGCGAUGUUCCUGAGAGAGCUCUGUGCCGCUACACCGGAGGCUCAGCUUACGUCUGCUCCUGUCUGCCGGGGUUCACGGGCGACGGCCGGGUGUGUCGAGACACUGAUGAAUGUCAGCAGGAUCCGUGCCACCGUGAAGCCUCCUGCUCCAACACACAGGGCUCCUACGUCUGCCAGUGUCGUCCUGGUUUCCAGGGAGACGGCUUCCAGUGCAGCCCGUCACUCUCAGAUUGUGAGCGGCACAGAGAGACGGCCCGGACUGGUAACUCCUCUGGAUCCGGCUACUUCUUCUUCCGUCCUCGGCCGGCUGUCCGUCAGUACAUCCCCCAGUGUGAUGAGCGAGGGGCCUACUGGCCCACGCAGUGCCACGACAGCAUCGCCCAGUGCUGGUGUGUGGACGCCAGCGGCCAGGAGAUCCCCAACACCCGCACCGGACCCAGCAGCACUCCUCUGUGUAUCGACCAAACCGUGACUCCGCCGCCGACUGGUCCGACUCCACGGCCUGACGUGCCUCCCAUCGCUCCUGGAACACAUCUGCUGUUUGCUCAGAGCGGGAAGAUCGAACACGUGCCGCUGGUUGGGUACAGCAUGAAGAAGGAGGACGCCAAACCUCUGCUGCACAUCCCGGAUCGGGUGGUGAUUGGUGUAGCUUACGACUGCGUGGAGAAGAUGGUUUACUGGACGGACAUCACUGGACCGGCCAUAAGCAAGGCCCCUCUGAGUGGAGGAGACAUCAUCCCGGUCAUCACCACAGGACUGCAGAGUCCUGAAGGCAUCGCCAUCGACCAUGUGGCCCGUCUUCUCUUCUGGACCGACUCCAUGCGAGACACCGUGGAGGUCUCCAAGCUAGAUGGCAGCCAGCGCAGAGUCCUGUUUGACAGCGACCUGGUCAACCCUCGACCCAUCGUCACCAACCCAGCAUACGGGCGGCUGUACUGGGCAGACUGGGACAGAGAUGGGCCUAAAAUUGAGAUGUCCAACAUGGACGGGACCGAGCGGACAGUCCUGGUCAAAGACGACCUGGGGCUUCCCAAUGGUCUGACCUUUGAUCCCGACAACCAGCAGCUGUGCUGGGCCGAUGCAGGGACUCGGAAGGUGGAGUGCAUGGAUCCUCACCGCCGGUUAAGGAGGUCGAUUGUUGAGGGGAUCCAGUAUCCCUUCGCCUUAGUCUCCUUUGGAAGAUAUCUGUAUUACACUGACUGGAGGAGGGAGGCGGUGGUGGCUGUGGACCGUCGCUUAGAGAGAGAGGCAGAAGAGUUUCUGCCACAGAAACGCUCUCGGGUCUACGGCAUCACCACGACACCGACAAAGUGUCCUCAAGCCUAUAACUACUGCUCCAACAACGCCGGCUGCUCCCACCUGUGUCUGCCGCGGCUCGGAGGCUUCACCUGUCGCUGCCCGGACGCCGCUGAAGGCCAGUGUGUGGAGAGGAACCAGUGAGACGACGACGGCGCUGCUGCUGCUGCUGGAAGAUACCAAAUACAAAACACAUCUAACUAACUCGUUUGUGUUUUCUACUUUUCUUACUUGAACCCAACAUUUCUACAAUCAUGUUAGAGUCGAGUCUUGUGUGUUUAAACCUCACUGUACAUACGAUGUCUUGCUUGAGGUGGCAGAAGUCGCUUCCUUGCUGAUCAGGUUUUUUAUUUACUUGUAAUCCCUCUUUGUAAGUCCAAAAUGAUUUCAGAAAAAAAAGACAAAUCACACAUAUACAGACUUUUUACAGCCAGCAGAAAUAUUUGACCAAAGGUACUGAAUGAUGAACUUCAGCUUGUGUUUAUAGCUUCUUUUUUUUCUAGUCUUUUUUUUAAUCUCCUCAUUGCUUUCUUACAGAUGUGGUCUGAAAGAUUUGUGCGAGAAACAAUCACACGUGUCGCUCUAACAGUCUCUGAAAUGAAGUUUCCAAGGAUCUUGAGAAUGUUUGACACAUUUAGAAAAAUGUCUUACAAGCAACUUUUAGUUGUUUUAACUUCGCUUUACCAGUAAAGUCUGUUCAGGUUAAGAUGAAGAGUUUCAACUAGUGUUCCUGACUCGAUAAGAGCUCCACGUCGUGUCUUGUUGACAGUUUUGAGUCCUUGAAUUUCACCGAGCUGUCUGCUUCACUGACAGGUUUAACUGAUUAACUUAGUUUUAUAUGAUAUAAACUAUGAUAAACCAUUAAUAGCUGUGAUUACACAUGAAACCAUCAGAGGCCUUUUCUUCCUGUUUCAUUUGUGAUGAUGUGAAUAAUAGUUAAAAGUGAGAAAGCAGUCGAAAAACUCACUAAAUUACUCCUGUAGGUGAUCUGCUAUAAAUUAAGUCGUUCGUUGGUAAACUAACACGUCAUCAGUAUAAAUCUAUUCUGUAGCUUUAGCAUUCCUACAUGAUCAAAUUAAAUGUUUUUUUUAUAAUUACUGAUGCCUCUGAAUCUCUGAAUCGGAUCUGCCGGCAGCGUGAGGCUUCGGUUAAGACUUACAAGAUGUAUUCUAUUGUUUGUUCUAAAACUUGCAGUGUAUUUUUUAUAUAAACUUGUAAAUACUUACCUGAUAUUGUCAGAUUUUUUAAAAAUGGUGCUGAUGUUUUCCUGAGAUCUACAUGAUGAUGAUGAAUGCAGUGAAGGCGUGUGCAGGUCGUGUCCAAAGCCCGUCUUCUUCUUCUCUGGUUGCAUUUCCAUCAAAAACGAAAGCAAAGACACAAACGUUUCUAAAGCCUUAAAAAAAAGCAUGUUAGAGUUCUUUAAAUGUGGUCAGAAUAUCGACCAAGAUGUAAAAAUAAACUCCGUUCUGCCUGGUGCACAAAUUAUGUUGGAGACGCUGUUUACCGUCAGUGAUCAGCGAACAGAGACUCGAUUUCACAUCACAUCUGCAUCAAAGUCUCUGUUGGGCUCCAACGGCAACCAAAAAUAAGGAUUAAAUAUAUGGAGCCCUAAAGUAGUCCAUCAUGUCCGGUCUGCCCACUGGUUAGUGUUCUCUGUAACGCAAGAAAAAUCUUUGUUUGCUCAUUUUUAAGGUUGUUUUUUUUUAGUCUCUUAACAAUCUGAGUUGUAUUUUAGUACUUAGAGAUAACAGUAGUGAUCUCAAAAGGAAGCAAGUAAGUAACGCGUGAUAAAUGGCAGUUCAGGGACUCUACAGCUGCUUACUUGUGAAGCAGCUGGUUGUAUUUUAUAACCAGUAAAACUGACUUAAACUAAAGUUUCACAGCAGCCGAGAAAAGUCUAAGCUGGACUUUUAAUCAAAAACUACAAGUUUGCAUUGAAAAACAUCUAAUAUUGGGCAAAUGAUGAUGUCACCAUCAUCGUCCUGCAAUAUUUUUGGCAUUGUUGCAACAACAGCGCACUAAUUAGCGAGACGUUUCUGAAGUGUUGUGGCGGCGCUGCAGGCUGCUUCUAUGUGCAUCAUGUCAGGUCUGUAACAGGAGGUACUCUAUGCUUUAACUGACCAUCUGCCAAAGAGGUAACACAAGAGGUCUGUACUGCCUCAAUAAAACGUUUUUUCAAUGUGUCA